ACAAGCCUGAUAACCAUUUGAUAUUAUUAUUGUUUUAUGGGAAAUGCAGCAAUUUCUAAAAGAGCUACCCAAAGUAGAGCUUCAUGCUCAUCUCAAUGGCUCUCUGGGCAUUGAAAGUUUGCGCGAUCUCGGGGAGAGAUUGUAUGGAACAGCAUCCCAAGAAUUUUUGGAUCUGUGCGCGCGCUUCAAUCGAUUGGAAAACAAUUUGGAUGCAUGGUUCAAGAAGUUUUCAUUUGUCCACGAGCUGACAUCCACAACGGAGGGUCUGCGAUUUGCUACGGAGCUGGCGGUGCGGGAUUUUGCCAAGGAUAACGUGCAGUAUGUGGAACUGAGAACUACUCCCAAGGCGAACGGAAACUAUUCACGGAUGGAUUACUUGCAAAUCGUGAUCGAUGCGAUUAAAGGAGCAAAGGAAAAGUAUCCAGAUAUUCUGGUCAAACUUUUACCUUCAAUUAAUCGUGCGGAACCGGUGGCUGUGGCUGAAGAGACCGUUUCCCUGGCUGUAGAGUUAGCCCAAUCCCAUCCAGAUAUUAUCUUCGGGAUGGAUCUAAGUGGUAACCCAGCCCACGGAAGAUUUUCAGACUUUGCUCCUAUUCUUGCCCAGGCUCGUGAAAAGGGACUAAGACUAGUUAUACACUGUGCAGAGAUCGAGAAUCCUUCAGAGGUGACUGAAAUGCUGCAGUUUGGAAUGUCCCGCUGUGGACAUGGAACCUUUCUGGCCCCCGAGGAAAUUGAUCAACUGAAACAGCGGAAUAUAGCCAUCGAAUGCUGUCUCACAAGUAAUGUGAAAUCGGGAACAGUGUCCAGUUUGGAGGAGCACCACUUAAAGAGGAUCAUGGAGGCAGAUGCACCAAAAGUUAUUUGCACAGACGACAGUGGCGUAUUUGAUACCACCUUGUCUCAGGAAUUUCUGCUGGCUGCGGAAACCUUUGGACUAAGUAGGGAACAGUGCAUUGCCCUGACACUGGAGGCAGUGCAACAUUCAUUCGCUAGCGAACAGGAGCGAAGGCAGAUGAAGGAAAAGGUCGAAACCUACGCGGCAUCCUUGAAAAAUUAAUUGACAACAAAGGCAUAACAAACGUCUAUCAACUUUGAAUAAUCCUCUGAUAUUAUGAGAUAUUAUUGUGAUUAAAAAUAAUUAAUUCAUUAAAAAUAGAAAAUAAAUGUCAUGAUUCUUUUACCUACUUUUAAAAUUGUCCAUUCAAUUUUCAAUUUUCGAAUCUUAAAAACAAAUGUCUAGAGUUCCGCUUUUAAUAUCAUUCUUUUAUUCAAUAUGUAGAAGUAUUUAGUUACAAGUUUUUUAUUAGUUAUGUUCAUCCAUCUUACGUACAUAUGUGGCUAAUAAGUUUUUAUGCUUUUCUCAUUUAAUAUCAUUCAUAAUUGAAUUCAAGUUCUGUUAUUAUAGAUUCUUCUCGCUUCUGCUUUUCCGAGUGGCUUAGUUGGGGUUUAGGCAUUCAAAAUACAAUGGAGUACAAGCAUUGGUCAAUAGCGGGCUUCCUAGCUGCGUCAAAGUGAAAGUGGACGAUCAAAGUCUAAAGGAAUCUUUUGAAGAUUUAUAAAAUCAAAUAUAUAUAUUUAUAUUUGACACCAAAUUUUGAAACAGAAACUCUUUGAAGUUGGGUAUUCAUCUUUAUAGUAGGACCCUCCACUUACCUAAGUUUGCAGAUUUCAGUUUGAAGUUGUUUGCCUGCCUGGUAUUCCCUAUAUACAGUUUAACUAUAUUUGUUUUAUACUUUUUAGUUUAAGGUUUAAGUUUUUCUGCUGCUUUUCUACAUGAGUUUUACUACUUGUAUCCAGUUCAUCAUCUUUCAAAGUCGUGCUAAACAAGGAACGACCAACUUAGGAGUUUAUGGAUUUCUCAUUUAUAUCGUUUAGAAAUAUUACUACCCCAAACUUGAGAGUUCAAUUACAAAUCUAUAUUUAUAUAUAUUUAUAUAAAGGUUUACAUUUCUACAAUUUUGGAAAAAUUCUACUAGUUGAAAAUGGGUAUGGUAUGGAUUUAGCUGUUGCUGUAUUCGAUUUGGUUGGGCAUAAGGUUUUCAUUUUGGGUAUUAUUGUUUUUUUAAAUAUGUAUAAUUUUGUUAAAAUUUACGGCCUGGUAAAAGUUUAGCUUGCCAAGGCUGAUAAAAAAAUAUGUCUUGUUUACUUACUGGCUCAUUAUAAAAGUCGAUCAUUUGUUUUGGGUAUACAUAUCAUAUAGACAGCUAGCCUGUUCAUAUAUAAAAAAUGCGCCGUAUAAAAUGCCUCGAACUUUGCGCUCACUUUUGGUUGUGCCAUUUUUUGUUUUCUUUUGGAAGGGCUAUAGGUUAAGGGUUAGUGUAUAUUAUUUAUCUAUAUUUAUCUUCAAUGUAAUGCUAUGCUCUUUAAUUGCAUGCCGUAUUUGUAAUAUCAAUUUUGAUUUCAGAUUUUUGUAGUCAUCGCAGCCUUCCAUUGAAGCCAAUUAGUUGAAACUAUGUGUGUGUGUGUUUUGGGUGUGUGCACUUUCGGAGUGUAUAAGAUGAAGAACCAAUUGAGAAAUAAAACGUUUGCUUUUUGCUACAUAAUAAACUUGUUUUAUUUUUUUCACAAAGAAAUUAGCAUUAAUCGUAUCUGUAUAAUAAUAAUAAACAUAAGAGUCUAAUGCAUAGUUAAAUCAAAUGCUCGAAUGCAAUGCUGUCCAAAAAUUUAGUUAUAUACUCGUAACUUGUGCCAAUUCGCUCGCCGUUUACAAAACUAAAGGUUUCGCUCUGUUUUUGUUUUUUGUAUUUUUUGUAUACUUGAAUUUCUCCGUGUGUUCGAGAGUGUGUAACUACAAAAUAUUCUCGUAAUUAAUUAAUUACUGUAUAUUUAUAUUUAUAUGUAUGUAUAUGCUUUAAUAUUUAUAUAUAUAUUUAUAUUUAUAUAUAUAAUUUAUAGUUUUACUUGACGCCAGCUCUAGCACAUGCCAUGCCUUUGAAAUUUCCGCCAUCCUUCGCUCUGUCCUUUCUUUUUACAACAAAUUACAAAUGGUUUUUUUUAUUAUUUAGAGUAUGGUUUUUAGCUAUGUCCUUAGCUUAGUUUACAAGGUUCUGCUGUCGAAAAAAUUUUACAAAUUUCUGCUUCUGCUUCUGCUGUUUAUAUUUUUAUAUAUUUACUUUAAAUAUUGGUUAUCUUUAGGCCUUUCUUUUUCUUCCACUAU